UGCAUCAUGCAUCACUCUCUGUUGAUAGGGAUGCAGAAAUGCUUGAUUCCGGUGGUAACCGCGGUGGUUGGAUCAUCUAUUUUUUCAUCAUAGGUCUCUCUCUCUCUCUCUCUCUCACUGGUCCUACCCACUCACCUCCCUACUACUACUUCCUCUGAUCCCACCAAAGCACCAGCCAUUCCUCCUGCUCCGACACCCAAUCCUGAGUAUAUUACCUGGUUUCAAACUGACCAAUAUCUCAUGAGUCUUCUUCGCUCCACCCUCCAGGAGUCCAUCCUCUCUCAAGUUGUUGGCUGUUCUACCUCGAAGGAAAUUUGGGAUUGUCUUCUGGAAAUUUUUUCCCAACAGUCUCUUGCGAAUGCAACGCACAUUCGUUUUCAACUUCUCUCUCUCACCAAAGGCUCUAAACCAAUUACAGAAUAUCUCUCUCUUGCCAAGAAUUUGGCAGAUCAACUGAGUGCCAUCAAUUCUCCCGUUUCUCCCGUUGACUUGGUCACUUAUGUUCUCCGUGGGUUAGGCUACAUGUUCAUCACUUCUGUAUGUUUGCAAAAAUCUGUUUCUUAGAAAAACGUGUUUUUUUGGUUUGGACCAGGAACUUUUAUGUGCUUGACACUUGCUGCUGGAGGAUGGCAAUCAAAUUUGAUUGUGUAUCUGAUUCAGGAAUAUAACGUGAAGAGCAUUGUUGCUGCUCAGGUUUCAAAUGCAGUUAAUGGUUGCACUUGUUUAUUUCCAAUCAUUGGAGCAAUUAUUGCGGACUCUUUUUCCGGCUGCUUCCCUGUCAUCUUGAUCUCUUCUUGUAUCUCUUUUCUGGGACUGGUCCUAUUAGUUUUGACUGCAACUCUAGACUCCUUGAGGCCUCCUUCAUGUGAUGACGGAUUAAGCUUGUGUGAAACACCAUCAGAAUCUCAGUUUGCAGUUCUCUAUGCCGGUAUAGCUCUGGCAUCGAUUGGACUCGGAGGCACUCGCUUUACUACAGCAACAAUGGGUGCAAACCAAUUUGAUAAACCAGAAGAGCAAGGGAUUUUCUUUAACUGGUUUUUCUUUGCAAUGUAUACAACUUCUGUUAUAAGUUCUACAGCCAUUGUGUAUAUUGAGGACAAUGUCAGUUGGGGCUUGGGAUAUGGCCUAUGUGCUCUUGUCAAUUUGAUUGGUUUACUCAUUUUCUUAUCGGGAAGCAAUUUCUAUCGUCGGGAUAAGCCACAAGGCAGCCCAUUUGUGAAUAUAGUUCGUGUUCUCGUUGCAAGCAUCCGGAAAAGGAAUGUUCUGCUCUCAUCCAGAAGCGAGGAUUAUCACUACCACAAUGAUGGAGAGGCAAAAAUGGUUCCUGAGACACAUAAAAAGAGCUUGAGCUUUCUAAAUGGUGCAGCCCUGAAAACUGAAGGCGACUUGAAACCUGAUGGCUCAAUUGCAAAGCCAUGGAGCCUGUGCACAUUCCAACAAGUAGAAGAUCUCAAAACUGUCAUUAGAAUUUUCCCUUUGUGGUCAUCCGGUCUAUUUAUAAGCACCCCAAUAGCAAUCCAAGGCAGCUUAACAGCCCUCCAAGCUCUAACCAUGGACCGUCGCAUCGUGUCACAUUUCAAAAUCCCAGUUGGAUCUUUGCCAGUCUUGGUUCUACUAUCUACUUGCAUCUCUCUCCCAAUAAUUGAUCGCUUCCUAUAUCCCGUAUGGCAAAAACUGACCAAUCAAUCUCCAACUCCCCUCCUAAGACUAGGAAUAGGCCAUGUCCUAAAUAUCAUAAGCAUGGUUGUUUCAGCAUUAGUGGAGUCAAGGCGUCUCAAAACAGCCCACAGCUCCAAGCUGCCAAUGUUGGUUAUGUGGUUAUUCCCACAGCUGGCCUUAGUUGGCAUUGGUGAAGCCUUCCAUUUUCCGGGGCAACUUCAGUUGUGCUAUCAAGAAUUUCCAGUGUCGCUUCGAGGCACAGCGACUGCAAUGGUUGCAAUGAUAUUAGGCAUUGCUUUCUACACGGGCACGGCUCUGAUUGGUCUUGUCCGGAGGGUUACAGGGUGGUUGCCGGAUGAUAUAAACCAAGGGAGGCUUGACAAUGUGUACUGGAUGGUAGUUGUGAUUGGUGUGCUGAAUUUCGGUUAUUACUUGUCAUGUGCCCAGUUGUACAAGCAUCAGAAUGUUAGUGAGGGGAUAGAAGGUAGUUCAGGCUCCUGAUGGUUGAUGCUCAUGUUUACUAAUUAAGAAUUAAGAUCAAGCGUCUUGGAGUCUACUACUAGAGAGGAAUUAUGAGUAAACAUUAUCUUUCGAUUUUCUAGGCAGACAAUAACUACUCGUUAAUCUAUAUAAAGAAUGUCAAAAGAUGAAUUUGGAU